AACAAACAAACAAAUAGUUAUGGAUGCCGACAACGACGACGAACCCCACGCCAAGCCGGGCCACAGACGCUCCCUCUCCGGCCGCCUCCUUGCCACCCUCCCCUUCCUCCGCCACUCCGACCCAGACCCCGACCCCGAUCUCUCGCCCGCGCCCUCACCCGCCGACGAAACCGACGCCCUACUGCCCCGCCGGCACAAAAACACCACCACGAGCGGAGGGGGGGGCCGCCGCCGCAGAGGCUCGCUGCGCAAGACGGCGCUGCUGGGCCCCGGCCGCCAGCGCACCUCCGACCUGCUGCAAGCCUCGGCCUUGGCCCCGCGCCCCGCCUCGUCGCUGACGACCAGCGAGCACGACGACCGUCCCCCGCGCGGCCGCGACCGCUCCUACAGCCAUUCCUCUACCGCUGCUGCUGCUGCCUCCUCCUCCUCCGACAGCGGCUGGCCGACCCCGCGCCCUACGGCCCAGCAACAGCAGCAGCAGACGUACGCCUCGACGACCGACGACGACGAGCAGCAGCAGCAGCAGGGACGCAGCAACGGCAGCGGCGGAAGCACUCUUGGGCCCGCGCACUUCGCGGCGCUGCAGCGGCGGCGCAGCGCCAAGAGCGCCGUCACCAUCGGAGCAGCAGCGGGCGGCGCGCUGUCGGGCGCAACAACACGACACUCGUCGCCGCUGGCGCUGCCGCCCGCGACGCUGGACCUGGACGAGUGGGACUACGGCGAGACGGAGUGGUGGGGGUGGGUCGUGCUCGUCGUGACGUGGGUCGUCUUCGUCGUGGGCAUGGGCAGCUGCCUGGACGUGUGGAGCUGGGCGUGGGACGUGGGCGAGACGCCGUACGCGCCGCCCGAGCUCGAGGACGACCCCACGCUGCCCAUUGUCGGCUACUACCCCGCCCUCAUGGUGCUGACGGCCGUCAUGGCGUGGGUGUGGGUCGUCGUCGCGUGGGUCGGCAUGAAGUAUUUCCGCCACGCAAAGUUCAUGGGCGAUGAGAGCUAGACGGGCUUCA